AUGAGUCGCGUACGUGCUCUGGACGAGCAUGCAUUUGCAGCGGAAAUUUCAAAAGAGCUUGGAUGCGACCUGUAUACCAAGUUCAUCAUCGACCAAGCAAUCACCGGAAGAGUUUUCCUGGCAGAGGGGGAGAAAGGAGACGAUCUCAUAGAAGAUUUCAAGGAUCUGGACAGCGGACUGGCAGUGAAAAGAGGUCACAAAACCAUUCUGCAGGAGCUGAGAGAUUCUUGGCUCUCAUCACAAGCUGCAGGCAGAGAAGUUUUUGCUCAGGCUGGAGAAACAAGAGACGGAGGAAGCGAAGCUGCGGUCGGUCUGCAGAGAGGCGUUCAAGAUGGUAAACCUCUCAGAGAAAGCAUGGAAGGGAAGUUUUCUCAACAAGUGAAUGAUUCAGGUGGAGGGAACAGCGCUCAGGGUAGGUCGCAGAGGGGAUCAGCUCCAACCUCGCCAAUGACUGCCUCGAAGUUGUUCGAAACGCUGUGGCACAGCAAGAAGUAUACAACGCUUGUUGGAAAGAAUGGGGUCAGGAGGCUGCAGAGUUUCCAUGCUCGUGUGGUCAGCCGUGUAGCAGCGGAUCUAGGACUGAGUGAUUACAUGCCUAACGAAGCGAAGGCAAAAGAGAUCCCCUCAGAAGCCGAGCUGACGAGGCUGAGGAACAUCAACCUCAAGAAGAAUCCACAGGAUCUCGAAUGGAGAGACAAGAUCUUUGAUUCGAUCCUGGAAGACGAUGAGCGAGGUUGUGAGGUCACAGGGUUGGACGGCAGCGUCUACAAGUGGCCAAGAGCUUCCUUCAAUUCAACUUUCACAUCGAUCAUCGACGACCUGAAGAAGAAGCUAGUGAACGCGGACCGCUACAGGCGGAGCCAAGCGGCCAAGAUCAAAAAGUAUCAUGACAACAAGCAGAAGAAGGUUGCACAGUGGCUAUCACAUGAACGGCUGCCUUGUACUUAUGCUUUCUAG